GGUGCCCCGGCUGCCCGGGUCCUCCCACCGCCGUAUAAAGCGCGGGGCGGGAGGCAGCGCCCUUUGCUCCUGCCCGCUGCGGAGGAGGAGGAGCGGCGCUGCGGGAGCGGCGGCUCCCCAGGCACCGUUUUUUUUUUUGCCUUCGUUUUCCAUCCCCGCCCCUCUCCCUCCCAGCUCUCGGGGGCUGGCGGCGCGGGGAGCGGCGGAGGCCGGCGGGUGCGAGGGGGAAGAUGGCGUGGAGCGGCGCCCGGCCGCCGCGCCUGCUCCUGCUGCUGGCCCUGGCGCUGCCCGCGGCGGCGGAGCGGAGCCCCGGGCCCGGCCCCGCAGAUAAUCUCCUAGUUUUUACUGUAGCAACUAAAGAAACUGAUGGCUUUCACCGUUUCAUGCAAACUGCAAAGCACUUCAACUACACAAUAAAGGUACUUGGAAAAGGUGAAGAGUGGAAAGGUGGUGAGCUGCCCAACUCUAUUGGUGGAGGGCAGAAAGUUCGACUGCUGAAAGAAGGCAUAGAAAGCUACGCUGAUCAAGAAGACCUGGUUGUAAUGUUUGUUGAAUGCUAUGAUGUUAUCUUUGCGGGGGGUCCUGAGGAACUGCUAAAGAAAUUCCAGGAAACUAAUCAUAAAGUGGUGUUUGCAGCAGAUGGACUAAUUUGGCCAGAUAAAAGGCUAGCUGACAAGUACCCUGUUGUCCGGAGUGGAAAACGAUUCCUGAACUCAGGAGGAUUUAUUGGUUAUGCUCCAUCUAUAAAUCAUAUUGUGCAGCAGUGGAAUCUGCAGGAUAAUGAUGAUGACCAGCUGUUUUACACCAAAAUCUAUGUUGACCCAUUGACAAGGGAACGUUUUAACAUUACUUUGGACCACAAAUGUACAAUUUUCCAGGCCCUAAAUGGAGCUGUUGAUGAAGUCCUUUUGAAAUUUGAAGAAGGAAAAGUAAGAGCAAGAAAUUCAGUGUAUGACACGUUACCAAUCACUGUUCAUGGAAAUGGCCCAACUAAAAUUCACUUGAAUUAUUUGGGAAAUUAUAUUCCUAAUGCUUGGACACAGGAAACUGGUUGCAGUAUUUGUGAUUUAGACUUACUAGACCUGUCAACAGUAACGGAAUAUCCAAGAGUAAAAAUUGGUGUUUUCAUUGAACAACCCACUCCUUUCCUACCUAAAUUUUUAGACAGACUGUUGACUCUGGACUAUCCAAAGGAGGCACUUAGUAUCUUCAUUCAUAAUAAUGAGGUUUACCAUGAAAAGCACAUCAAGAAGUUCUGGGGAAAAGCCAAGAACGUUAUCAAAAAUAUAAAAAUUGUUGGACCUGAAGAAAAUCUGAGUCAAGCAGAAGCCCGGAAUAUGGGAAUGGACCUUUGUCGCCAGGAUACAGCCUGUGAAUAUUAUCUCAGCAUAGAUGCGGAUGUCGUGCUGACAAACCCCAAAACUUUAAGAAUACUGAUAGAACAGAACAGAAAGAUAAUUGCUCCACUUGUAACUCGUCAUGGGAAACUUUGGUCCAAUUUCUGGGGUGCUUUGAGCCCAGAUGGCUAUUAUGCUCGAUCUGAAGAUUAUGUUGAUAUUGUCCAAGGGAAUAGAGUAGGAGUAUGGAAUAUUCCUUAUAUGGCUAAUAUCUACUUAAUUAAGGGACAAACUCUCAGAGUGGAGAUGAAAGAAAAGAACUACUUUAUGCGUGAUAAGUUGGAUCCUGAUAUGGCACUCUGCAGGAAUGUCAGGGAAAUGACUUUACAAAGGGAAAAAGACUCCCCUUCUCCGGAAACAUUCCAUAUGCUCAGACCCCCAAAGGGAGUUUUCAUGUACAUCACCAACAGACAUGAGUUUGGAAGACUUCUCUCUACAGCCAACUACAAUACCUCCCACUACAACAAUGACCUCUGGCAGAUAUUUGAGAAUCCUGUGGACUGGAAAGAAACCUAUAUAAAUCCCAACUACUCAAAGAUCUUCACUGAUAAUAUAGUAGAACAGCCAUGUCCAGAUGUGUUUUGGUUUCCUAUAUUUUCUGAUACUGCCUGUGAUGAAUUGGUGGAAGAAAUGGAACAUUUUGGUCAAUGGUCUGGUGGAAAACACCAAGACAGCCGCAUUUCUGGAGGUUAUGAAAAUGUCCCAACUGACGAUAUUCAUAUGAAGCAAAUUGGGUUGGAUAAUGAAUGGCUGCAUUUCAUAAGGGAGUUCAUUGCACCAGUAACUCUAAAAGUGUUUGCUGGCUAUUAUACCAAGGGGUAUGCUUUAUUGAAUUUUGUUGUAAAAUACAGUCCUGACAGACAAAGGUCACUCAGACCUCAUCAUGACUCCUCUACGUUCACAAUCAACAUUGCUCUCAACAAAGUAGGAGAGGACUUUCAGGGAGGUGGAUGCAAAUUUCUUAGGUAUAACUGCUCCAUUGAGUCUCCCAGGAAAGGAUGGAGUUUCAUGCACCCAGGAAGACUUACUCAUUUACAUGAAGGACUUCCUAUCCUGAACGGCACAAGAUACAUUGCAGUAUCAUUUAUUGAUCCUUAAUUAUUUUUUUGCCCUCUUCAGCAGUGUUUGGUUCUUUACAUAAACAUUUAUUUAUAGAUUUCUUCUGGAAGAUGGUGAUAAAAGAAACUUUUAAGUUACUGUUCCCUAGACAGCAAAGUUACUUUGGGAUAGAAGAAUGAAAAAAGGAAAAUGUUCUAAAGUUGUUGAACAUUUCUCAAUAUCUGCUCUGAGCCUUGAGUCACAAAGUAACUAUGUCCUGCUUAUGUUUCCAUUCUGCUGUCUCAAAGAGUAGGUAAAGAGGGGAAAUGGAAAAGCAUUUUACAAUGAAUCAAUUUGUGCGUUGAAAAAACCCAAACAACCCUAGAUAAAAAAUUAUCUGAAAAAUGUAUUGUGCUUUUCAAUCAGCAAAGGGACACAACUGAAGUGUUUGUGGUGUGUAUGUUUGGUACCAAUAGAUUAAAUACCACAUCAUAAAAACAAAAUCAAGUGAAUCUUGUAUACAGUUGUUGGUGAUAGGCAAUAAUUCCAUAUGCUGGUGUACACUGAAGGGAAAACAUCUCAGUAGCCUGUUUCUUAAUUCAUUUUCAAUACUGAAAUGUACACCUUUAGAAGAAAAAAAUAAUAAUUGCAGAGAUGGAGCAAGGGUUAAAUAAUUUAGCUAAGAAAAAAUGGCUUAUAAUUUGUUUUAAAAACACAUCCUGUUGAAAAUUUGUUUUUCUUCACCAAGUGACCUUCAUUUAAAAUGAGUUAUUUUUCUAAAUGUGUAACUGCACCCAACUGGUAUUGGAAAUUUGAUGUUUAUUUUCAGAAUACUUGUAAAUUUUAAUAAUAGGAUGUUUUAUAAAGACGAUUUUCUACUCUUACUUAAAAUUACUUGAAUUUUGUAUCAGGAAAAUGAAAUUGUGGCAGUCUCUCUUAUAAAGCUAAGGGUCUUAACUUACCAUUUAUUUUAAAGAAAUCUGUUUAAAUAUUCCUACUGUAUCUACUGUUCGUAAUUUAAGGAAACUUGAAGUGAACUAUCUCAAAGUCAACCGUGCCAAAAUGCACAAUGUGUUGGAAAAACUUGUGAAAAAUAAAGGGUAAUUUUAAAUUAAUGUAACAGCUUUUACUUGACUGUAUUAGGUAGUUUCUUCGCGUGUUGCCAUUGUUCUUACAGAAAUUAUAUUUAUUGAUGCAUAUUUUUGAAGCAAUUGUAGAUAAAUUUAGGUUGGAGGUUUC